CCGCGCGGUUGCCCGUUAUUUUCCCGCCCCGCUCACUGUCGCGGCGCUCCGACUUAUCGCUGUCCCUCGGGUUUUGUUCCCUACAAGUUUUCGGGAUACCGCUGCGUCGGCGCCGGCCCCGGCCCGGGGUCAGAGUUGACGGGGCGGCCCGGGCCGCGGAGGCAGUGCGGCGGCCCGUCCAUGUGGAGCUGCAGCGGGAGGCGCCCGGAGCCCGGACUCACUCUGCACUUCAGCGCUCGCACCGUCCGCUUCGCACCGCAGCAUAGGGAGCCGCGACUCGCCCCGCUUCGACAUGAAAGGCCGGAUCGAGCUGGGCGAUGUGACGCCCCACAACAUCAAGCAGCUCAAGCGGCUCAACCAGGUCAUCUUCCCUGUCAGCUACAACGACAAGUUCUACAAGGAUGUGCUGGAGGUGGGCGAGCUUGCCAAGCUCGCCUACUUCAAUGACAUUGCGGUGGGAGCUGUGUGUUGUCGUGUGGACCAUUCUCAGAACCAGAAGCGGCUCUACAUCAUGACCCUGGGCUGUCUCGCCCCCUACCGCCGCCUCGGUAUAGGAACGAAGAUGCUGAACCAUGUACUGAACAUCUGCGAGAAGGACGGCACCUUCGACAACAUCUAUCUUCACGUCCAGAUCAGCAACGAGUCGGCAAUUGACUUCUACCGGAAGUUUGGCUUUGAGAUUAUCGAGACGAAAAAGAACUACUACAAGAGAAUAGAGCCUGCUGAUGCUCACGUCCUGCAGAAGAGCCUGAUUGGCCAGCCAAUGCCCUCUGGAGGGGACCUGCAGAAGGCUAACUGAGGUGUGGCGUGGCGCCACGCUCCAUGCCGCCGACGCGGCACUGCUGCGCCCACCCCAAAAGGAACAGUGACCGGUGCCCGUCGGGCCGGACGCCACAGCUCGGAUGAUCAUUUACCACUUUCCAAUGGACAUGCAACAGAAAAAAUACUCAGAAAAAUGGUUACAUUCUAUUUUGCAGAAAAGGAGUCCUUAUAAAUGUUGGGGUUACAUUUAAUUUCUUUUUUUUUCCAUGUAGAGAUUUGAGAAUCCAGAAGUGCUCCAGAGGGAAGGAUUUUAAAGGCUGCUUCUCCUCUCAUGCGGUGAAGGUUUUCCAGUUUCGGUUUUUGCGAAGCGCAUUUCUUUAGUUAUCAAAGGGGGUCACGUUGCAGUUAAGGAAUCAAAACGAAGGCCUUUAUGUCUUGUGACCUCAGAGCCGUACUUGGCAUGCCGAGCCCCCCAUUCCCCCCUUGCCCCCCUCCCGCCCCGCCCAUGGCAAUCAAGGGACAGUUACACCCGGUCCAUGUCCUUAUCGCACGGGUUUCUGCUCCGGUGCAGUGUCUGGCUGCUGGCCGCAUUUGUGGACUACGCCUCUUGCGUGCAGAUGGGGAUGUUGCUGGUGGAGGGUCUGUGUUCAGUUGAGCAGAGUAUCUGUGUCCCUAUGGCUGGGCGCCCUGCACUUUUACUUUCUGAAUGUUUUUCUUGAUUUGUUAUUUAAUUGCACCUGAAAUUUGGACCUUGAGUUGGCUUUGGGGGUUUUCCUGGGUGUGAUUUAGUUCUGACAGGGUUAGGUCUUUAGAAAUGUGAAGUGUAGCAGGACACCAGCGCCCUCUGCUGCCCUGUGACGUGUGCAGACGAGACUGGGACUGUCACUGACCGGUGACUCACAUCUGCAGUCGCUGAUUGGAUAGCCGCACAAAUGCCUGGCAAUACUCAUGUUGAUGGAGUCGCGCAGGCUCUGAAGAUUCACGGUACGCUUGAUUAACAUUGGUCGGCUAAGUCCCAGUCAAAAAUUGGCCACAAUUUAAGGUCAGUGAAAUAGGCAGAUUUCUUUUGAUUCUGCAGUUCUGGGCGUGCUUGGCCCAUUAUGGCAGGUUGCACAGCCAGCCCCGGUUCUCAGCGCCCAUUCGACUGUAGGUGUGUGAACCCCAUUGCAUCUGAUUGGAGAACCAGUUUGGCUCAAGCCAAGCCCAAGAGAACCCAAAACUUUAGCACAUCUGAACUGGGUUCUCACCCUUCCUGCUGUAAGGAAAGCAUGGGAUACAUUAUCUUUUCUUUGAAGAAUUUUAUCUUUUUCUGGAGCUCUAUAUUAAGACUUUUUAACCUCUAAAUAAAAGAGUACUAUUUGCAUUACA